UUGAAACAAUAUUCUUGGGUUGCAGCCAAUUUUUUCUUGUAGCGCAUUAGGGAAAAUGACAGAGACGUAUUUAGGACUAUGUGAUAAUUUUACGAACAUUUCACGUUUUUGUUGUAUAAUGGUUUUUGAAAUAUGUAGUUUGAGCUUUGUCUUGUAAUAGAUUAAAAAAAAACGAUAUUUACAUAAAACCAUAUGCCGUCUCAAUAUUGUAUACUAAAAAUUGAGUUUGCAUUAAUGGAAUUUCCGCAAUACUUCCAAUAUUAUCCUUGCAAGUUUACAUGCUGAAAAAUACUGAACUUUCUCAUUCUUUAUCCACGUCUAGAACAGCAAAAACCCCUAAAUCCAUCUCUGCCAAGUAGUUCAACAGAUAAAUCACAGGGAAGGGAGUUAUGUAAGCUCGGGCAAGCCCGUUGUAUUCGUAGUUCACAGUCAAUGUUACUAUUGACGUCCGCAUUCUACACUAUGGACAUAGUUGCCGAUAUACAAGAUUUGUACAAAGACAAUAAAUGGAGGGAAAUAGUGGCUCGGUACCAUGACCAUCCAGAAAGGAAUAAAGUCUUGUGGGUGUACCCUAGUGAAGGAAACUUUAGUUUUGUUGAGAAUUGCUUGGCGGAGUUAGGCUGUGACAGGAUCGUGAGCAUUGGCUGUGGCAGCGGACUUCUUGAGUGGAUGAUCACUCAAGCAACUGGCGUGCCAGUUUCGGGCAUUGAAGUAGAUGGGGCGUGGUGGAGCUGCAAGUACGCCCCACCAAAUUUCAUACCACUGCACAUCACACCUACGGAAAUGGACAAGGAGACAAUCUCUAUAGUUCAGAGAAACAAAAAUGCUGCUCUACUCUUUUGUUACUUUAACAAUCGAAAAGCUUUUGAUGAUUACCUCAAAUAUUACGACGGCAACGUGCUGAUCAUCAUCGGUCCCCACGAGAAAGCGGUCCAUACAGACCCCAAACCAUUUGAUGACGUCACUGACAUUUGGACCCUCUACAAGUUCCAAGAAAUAAGAAACAGCGGGGACUUCAUUGUAGUGUAUAAAAAACAAAACGUAUAACACAUUCCAUUUAAUAAAUAAAUAUUUACAACGAUUAA